AUGUCUUUACUCUACUUCAACUUCUGUUCGCAUCGUUCACACCAGUUCAACAACGCCUUGAGCUCACCUGUCAGACUAGAAUGGUCAUCUGAGAAGACGCCAGCCGACGACACUUCUGGCAGACGUCGAGUCCAUCCCAUCCGUCGGCCGGUCCCGCCCCCCGUGGCCUUCGUGCCUCCACACCUGUGCUGUGCACUUCGUCGGAUUCGUCUGUGUGUCUCUCUGGGCCCCGAAUCGCCUCCUCGAUUUGCCUCCGCGUUGGCGGCUGCGACGGUGGAAUCGGCGCCGACGGAGGCCCCGCUCAGUUACUCACAACUGAACCAACACGGCGCCGCUCCUCACACACACACAGAUGCCUCUGCCCGAUUUCCGGCCGCCAUCUCUUCUUCUUCUACUUUUUUUGCUUCUGUUUUUUUUCUUAAGGUUUCGAUACUUUUUUUCUGUUCAAGCAUCAUGUUCUUAUCACGAAGUCGCUCCGAUCAUUAAUGAUAACUUGCUUCAAUUUUCCUUUUUUGUUUUCGGAUCAUGAUUUGAGUGAUAAGGUUCAAAUUUUUUAUUGAUUGAUCUAAAUUUAAAUCCAAGCUUUCUCUGUUUUUGAGCGAAAUAUUUUCAAACCGAUGCUUUUAACAGUCCAUCCCUUGCACCAAAUAUAAGCUGUUCUCAUCAUCUGGUCCCAUAAAUCUAUCUUCAUCCAAUUUUUCGUCGAUUCAUAGAUCUUGUCUCCUUCUCAUUUCCCCUUGUUGAAUUCGUGUCGUUUUCGGCUCCGAAACUGAUGAUGCUCUUCUCCUCCGCCUCUUCUUCUUCUUCCUUCUCAUUUCGUGCGGCCUCGACGUCCGUCUGUCAUCGUGGCACAUUCCGACGCCUUUUGUUCGCAUUCCCACACUCGGAUGCGAACUUUUUUUCUCUCCUGCUCAUUUGUUUCUCUUCUCAUGUAACACCUUUUGAUGUAUUGGUAUCAAAGUUUGAGGAAGAACUGAUCUAUUCUUGUAGAAUUUCAAGUUUUUCAGCAUUUGGAACACGAUUUUGAAGUAUUUACCCUGUUCUAAAAUGGAGAAUAAAUAUGAUCUGACAAUUUUUGAAAAUGAAACAAAAUUAAUAAAAUACUUUUUUUGAAGUGCGUUAUUGAUUCGCUGAUUUUUUUUAUUAAUACUGAACCAUUUUUGAUCAAAUUUGAACAUUUCCUACUGAUUCGAAGUUUUCUCGCAAAAUCGGCUUUGAGGAUUCCAAAAUCCCUCAAGUUGUCCCUUGCUUGGUACCCCGAAGAUUCUCGGAUAAUCCUUUUUUCUGAAUUUUCAAUUUCUCUCUCGUUUCCUUGUUUUUAUCUCGUCGCGGUUUAUAUCUGCUUUCAUUUUAGAUCUUGAAAGUUUGAAAACGAACUUUUUUUCAAAUAUAAUUUCAUUUCCCGUUUUUUCUUCAUAUCAACGCGGGUGCUUAACUUUUUUUCUCCCAAAUUUUCUUUUGCCGUGUUCAAAAUGAUUCCGCGAAACUCAAAACAGCCAUCAGAGAAAGGAAAAGAUAACCAAAUUUUGGAGAGUCAGAGAUAGUUUUGCCUUUCGCGGAAAUUAAUUUGAACACGGUAUUUAUAAUGUCUAUAAUUUUUCGUUUUUUCGUUUAUUUCGAUUUCUCAAUCGCACGUGUCGCGGCAGUUCUUUUUUUUUUCACGUCACGAAAUUUUUAAUCUGUCUAUGAACCAUUUUUUUUCCAGAAUCGUUAUCUGCUAUGCGAAACUGAUUCCACAUCAUCGUUUCUAGAAGAAUUUAUUCUGAAGCCUCCUUUUCCCUGUAAAUUGCUGGUUUUCACGACCUUCAGCAGGCUUUUAUGCAACAACUGCUCACUACUGCAGGUUUUUUUUUUCGAAAAAUAACAUCGGCUUUUAUAGCAAUAUUUAUGACAGGAAAGAAAAAUACUAUCUUUCAUAUUUUUUCCGAGUUCGCCUUACCUUUUUGUAAUGCCGUGUUCAAAGUAAUUUUCGCGAAAUGCAAAAUUAUCUCUGACUCUCCAAAAAUCAGUUAUCUUUUUUUUUCUCUGACGACCAUUUUGCAUUUCGCGGAAUCACUAUGAACACGGCAUAAGAUUCCUUGAAAGAUGCAAUUUAUAUUCUUCAAAAUUUUUGAAUUUCUUUUUUUAAAUCGAUUUUGAAUAAGUGCAUCUCAUUAAGUUGAAGUUUAAUUUCUUGAAAUCGAUUUUUAAAAUUUUAGAAAGAGAUAAAUUAGCUCUGAAACAUGGGAAAAAGAUCAAAAAUCCGAAUUCUUACAGGAAUGUUGAACGGAAAUUCAACCCCGUCUUCUAUAUCGUCUCUGCCGACCAAAAGUUGUAUCGAGGAUAUCGCGAAUCGACUGAGCAAUCGGCACAAUGGAAACGGUUACAGUAGCCAGGUUGGUUUUUUUUUUUUUGAAAAGUGGUUGGAAAUAUGUGAAAAUAAUAGUUUAGAUUUGUACUUGUGAGAAAUUUCGGAAGCUUUACAUAAAGGAAUAAAUUAAAGUAUAUGUCGAAACUCGAAAAAAAAAAAUUAAACAAAAAAAUCAUUGAAGUGAUCACUUUAGCAUACGUUCAUUUUUCAUGGUUUUGAAUUUGCGAAAUAAUUUUUGACUCUGUUAUAAAUUCUUGAUUGAAAAAGUAAUUUUUUUAAUUUUAAAAAAAGUCUAGUUGAAGCUUUGUUUUGAUCGAUUUCUUUUCCUCAAACAGGAUAUUCCUGUGGACAAGAAGGCUUAAAAAAAAGGAAAAUUUUUCAACUUUUCAAGCAUUUUGAAAAAAGGCAGCUUUUAUAAUAGUUACAUCUCCAAGUUCACAUCGUCGAAUCAAUGAGUAAGCAUUCCAGACGGAUUCUUCCUCAAACCGGUCGCUUCCGACAGAACCCCUGCAGAUCAGCAACAACACCCCGAGCAUGCAGCUGAGCUGUAUCGAGUGCGGAAUCACCAAAGGCAAUUCCGAAGACAUGGAGGUUCCUUUCUACCUGAAAGAACACCUCACCCAGCCCCCAAUUACCCAGGUUCACAUCAAAAUGGAACACCUCAACUGGCUGCCCUUCCAAUGCCCGAUCUGCCUCACCGAACGGGCUUCCGACGCCCAAAUGCGCGAACAUUUGCACUCCUACCACAACAAGAACAUGAACAAGGUUGAUUUCAAAAGAAGGCUUGUAAUGAAAUCCGAGAUUUUCAGUUCAUCUACGUGGACAACGUCACGGCCAAGCGACAACUUCAGAUUCUCAUGGACAAGGUGAACAUUUUUUGUUAGAUGAAUCUACGGAGAGGGAGAAUAUUCGGGUUAGGAAGUUGAGUUUAAGGCUUUUUGGUCAAAAAUUUGAUAGUUUUGGGAAAUCCGGUACGCUUCAACUUCUAUGAAAAGUUACCUUCAAACCUUCUUUUUCGUUUCAGGAGGAUAAUAAAAAAGUUUUCCAGGCUCUUUCCCUGUCUGUGACGAGGAGAGUAGGUGCAGCCACCUCGUCAAUGAACGGAACUCUCUCGUCUCCCUCUGUCCGGAACUCCUCCCGUUCCAACAAGGAUUCCAGUACUUCCGCCCAGAAAGAAAAACUAGCGUCUACCGCCAACGAUGUAUCCCACCAUUCAUCAAACAAAAGCCAAAAUGAAGAUUUCAGUUGUUCCAACUUCUCGAUUUCUCCGCCGAUGGACAGCUGAACCUCAACGGAACUUCAGCGUCGAGCAAACCUGCUCCAGCUCCAUCGACGUCGACCUCGCGGAAGAGAUCCCACGCCUCGACCUCGAACAAUGACCGCAACGGAGAUCUCGUCGCCACCAACACGGACAGUCUCCUGGCGAGCAUCAGCCGCGCCGCCGCCCAGAACGAGGAAGAGGAGCAGCCGCAGUUGAACCUCGACGACUUCUCCUUGGAAGGCGCCAGCAGCGCCUUGGUCAACCUGUUUGCGGGCGCGAAGAGAGCCAAGAACGACUAUGACGACGGCGACGGGUCGGCCCUGGACGACGAUCAGACCGACGAGAGUGUUCUCGAUUCGCUCAAUCCGAUGUGAGUUCGGGACUGAAGUCGAUUCAGAAUGGGAUGUCUUGAAUUAUUCUUUCAUUACGAAGCUCUAACUGUUGAUCUAGAGAGUGAAACAUGUUCGUCUUUUUAAAAUAACCUUUCAAACCAAGACCAUACUUUUCAAAGUUUUAUAACUUCACGUUCUGAAAUUUAUAAUUUUCUUCGAUGGCAACGUUAUGACUCCUCAUGUCCCAGAUUUUUUUUUUUAAUUUUUCAAAGUUUCCAAAAAAUUGAAGUUUUUCAAACUGAAUCUUGAUUUCCAGCUCCGUUCUUGACAACGUCGCGGCUCUUUUCGGAAACGCGGACAGGUCUUUGGAUGAUUUUUCAUCUUCUGGAAAGGGCAUCAAAGGCUCAAAGUGAGUCGAAAAGUGACUUUUGGAGGGAAUAUCUCGAAUUUUUCUAGUAUCUCGAAGAAGCGGGUCCUCGGAGAGUGCAGCAAAUGUCAGAAGCCCGUGACCGCUGGGGCUCGUCAGAUGCACAUGUUCUUCCAUUUGGCCAAGGACGAAAGCGUGAGCUUCUGCCUUUUUUCGAUAAUAUUUGUAAUUUGUUAACCCUAAAGAGUUCACUUGAAUCUAGAGCUUCUAGAAAGAACAUAAUACAGGCUUGAAACAACAUGAACUGAAAUUUGAGAGUGAGUUUGUUCCAAGUGAUAAUUUUUUGGAGCGAAAAAUCUGACCCUGAGUCGGAGUGGACUGAAUCUAAAGGCAAAAUUCCCAAAGGAGUGAGAAAAAAAAAACCAUUUUGUGAAGAAAAUAAAUUUUGAGCUUAUCCCAGUACCAAGAAGCCCAGAAAACAGGAAAAUUACAGAUUUUCCGGUUCCGUUGCAAGUUCCCCGGCUGUGCCGUAGAGCACUACCGAAAAGACCAAAUGGAAAAUCACCAGUCCAAAGCGCACGGAAAAAUCGACGCCGAAAUGAUGGAAGACCGAUCUUUGGAGCUUUUCCAAAAGUGCCAGGUUCGAAUGCUUGAGCUUUUUGAAUAAAUCCGAUUUUCCUUCCUCCUUUUUUAUCUCGUUAUCAAUAUGCCUCAUUUAUUGCCUUUUUCUCGUUCCAACCAUUUCAACUCUUGUCGGUUAUUCAUCGCUAGUCGGUUUGUAAGGUGAUGGUUCAUGUUUCUUUCAUUUUCUUUCAUUUUUGCCUGCACCCUAAUCACAUUCAUAUUAUAGUCAUACAUAUAUAUUUUUGUCAAUUUGUGCACUCACACAACGUUUUUUUCCAUACUUUAUCGAAUCAUUUGUUUGUUGCCAAUAACGCGGAUCCUCAUUACGCCUUAUUAAUUUUUAUAAUGCUUAUCGAAUUUGAAUAAUUUAGUGUAGGGAAAGUGGUGUAUGAAAAUUCAGAGAAUGAGGAAAAAUAAGGUGGAAAGUUGAGCUCGACGUGCAAAUGUGCUCCAUCGAUAAAACUCUCGUAAACUGAGAAAUAAUUUGUUUGGAAUCGUUUUUUUAGUCUCUCCAGUUAAUUCUAAGAGCUGCUAUUGAAAUUUGGAGCUUUAAAAAACGGAAAAUUGAACAAAUUUUUGCGAUUUUAUCACUGGAGCACACUUUUUAUCGUUUCUUAGUUUUUAGCUUUUUUUUAAACGUCUUUCACAAUUUAUAAACCGGAAAUUUGGCUUACAAUAAGAGCUCAAAUUUCACAUUUUUCCCCUAUCUGUUUUUUCAUACACCAACAAAAAAGCAAGCAUAUCGAACAAUAGAGAGAAACAAAAAGAAGUCAACUAAAAAGAAUAACUCGACACUAUUGUUCGACUACUCGAUGAAAAAGUGGAAUAAAAUUCUGCUCGUUUGGCCAGACGUUGGAUGUUGUAUAUACCGUUAUUUGUGACGCACAAGCAACUCGCUGUAAAUCCGUUGUACAUCUGGAGAAAUGUUGCACUCUGGCUAGGAUGGAAACAGGAAGGAGACUUAAGAGAAAAAAAACGAUGAAAUUGUGGUUGUCGGUAUCGUGUUCGUCGGUUGCAGGAACUCAACCACGAAUUGUUCGUCGCCCAUCGCGCCGGCUCCAAAGGCCAGGCCGAUUCCCAGGUUCGUGUUGUAAAUCCGUUCUGUAAUGUGCCUGUGUUUGUGUUGGUCUUGCAUGUCUUGCUUCUACUAAUCGAGCUGAAUAAUUGAGAGAAAACUGCCGUGAAAAUAGGUCUGGUUUGAGGGUUUUUGCGCCCCAUUGACAAAAUUCAAUCAUACCGUUUUGAACCUAUUUUCAUUUUUCACCUCUGAAUCAUUCAGUCUGACCUGGUAAUGCUACGCUUUGUGCAUGCCCUUCUCCACGUCUAUCUCUUCCGAACCUUGAAACCGUGAUGCUGUGUUGUUUCUCCCCAAUUUCCCGCUCUUACUCUUUGAACGAGAACUAAUAAGCAAGGAGUGCUGAUUUUUCGACUUUUUGGGCUUUUCCCUUCCUUUUUGCCGUGUGCCUUGGACCCAUUUGACUUGUGAUUCAGGACCUGUCCAUGGAGUUGCUUGGGACGAAAAGCGGCAGCACGCCCGGCCCAACUGCCGCUCGGGCCGAGAUCGCAUAUCAGGCCCAACUCGCUGCUCAGAAGGAUCGCGUAAGUUUUUCGACUAACUCUUCUUCUUCUCAUCCUCCUGCGACUCGCCUCAUAACUGCAACGUUUUUCUUUCUUUUUCGGAUUGCGUUAUGGGUUUUUUUUUUCCAUUAAUUUGAAAAAAGGGUACCCGGGAAGAGAGCUCUAUAUAAGUAGGACUUCUGUACAAUAUUUCUAGUCUAACUUAUCCAUAGAGCGUAGAUUCAGGCAAUUUUUCGGCCUCCAGUUCAUCAAUACCUUUUUUAGUUGCUGUUAAUUUUGGGUACUGCAGAAAAAAUGCCUUGAAGUGGAUACUUUUCACGUUGUAAAAUGCUUCUUUUUUAUGAGUUCUGAAUAAUUUAGCUCAAAAUUUAUGUAAAAGUUUGCUCUACGGACAAGUUCUGAAAAAAAAGUUUUUGAAGUUUCUCCAAUAAUUCAGAAGAGCGCUUAGUCAGGGCAACUUUUGCGAGAAACAUUUUCUCACUAAAGCGCAAUUUUUGGCGAGUUUUCGGCUGUAUAAUUAUGGGCUCAUUUUUCGGGUAGCUCAAACAAAAACAAAAACUGACAUGGGAAUGCUCAUGGUUUGAUUUUUCUGACCAGACCUGGGGUAUGCGAAACCUUUACUAAUGGUGUUGGAUUGGUUCUUCUGCUGUCGUUUGGCUUUUUGUCAUUAAACAAGCUUGUGUUUCUUUAGUCGAACAAGUCCAAAGGGACCAAUGGUAGCACGACGUCAGGCAACAAUCCGACUGUCGCCCGAUCUCCUACCGCCGCCGUCGCCGGAAGUCUGAGCAACGCCCGCGCGACUCCCGACGACGAACAUCCUCUCCAGUGCCGACUUUGCGGCAAGACCAUGCAAAAUAGGGUUGGACCUCAUCGAAAUUGGAGUUUCUCACCUUUUGCUGUUAAGAUCCGCGGUUUCCACAUCCUGUGGCACAUGGCCAAGGACAAGGGAAUCAACCGGUACACUUGCAAGUACUGCGACUUCGGACACGACCGCAGCCAGUCGGUUCAGACACAUGGCAAGAAAGAGCACAACUCGGAGGACAACGUCGAGGAUCGCAUCGCGGUUCGUUUUGGAAGAAAAUGAAAAGUUUGGCUUGAAACUGACACACAUGGACACAUAGAUAAGCUUUCCUUCGGAAAAAUUCGUUAUGACAAAAUUUUUACAGUCUUACCAGUUAGAAGUUCAACUAUUCUGUAGGUGUAAAAUAGUUUCGAAAAGUAGAUUUCAAAUUUACGAGCAGAAAGUACAGUCAAUAUUUUCGAACUUCUUCAGGAAUACCAAGACGACGUCAAGGAGAUGUCUGAAGCGUGCUUCGGAUUCCAGGCCCUCUUCGCCCAGGACAACCGAAGACGCAGCAAGAUCCCGGCUGCUAUUCCUGUUCGUCAUCCAUCUUCCCAGCUUUUUCUUAUUUUCUUCUUUUCCAGAAAGACAAGAAGUACGAUGAGACGACGGCGUUGAUCCUUGGAGACGUGUCUCCGACCAACGAGUUGGACGACGCCGCGUCUGGAGACCUCGGAGGCUCGAGUUCCGACGACGGCAUCGAAGAUCUGAAGGACCUCGUUGGCGGCGAGGACGAGGAGGAGGACGUCGAGGAGCAGGAAAACGAUCCCGAACAGGAGAACGACGAGGAGCAGGAUGAGGUCAGCGGCAGCACUGAAUUGCAAAUUGAAGACAAAAGUAGAUUUUAUCCAGAUUCAGCUCAUUCGUUAAAAAAAAACUAUAAUUUAUUUGAAAAGCUUGCUGACGCCUUUAAAGGAGCAUAGGCGAAUUCCCAAAAAGGUAUCAAAGCGAAAAUUUGUUUUUACGUUUUCAUAUGUCACAGAUGUUUUUUUAACAGUCAACACUUGAAUUUUUCCUUUUUCGAUCAUUCCCAUAACUUCGAUUUACCGAAAACAGAUUUAUUCGCGAAAAAUCAGAGAAAUAAGUUCAUGAUUUUUUUUGGCGUGAAGUUCCACGGAAAGUUUGCUUCACGGAUAAAACUUUUGAUAUUAUCAAAACACAGAUCUUUUUACUCUUGAAACUGAAAAACUGGCUCUGGGUAACUUUUCCAUUUAUCCGGUGCUAUUAAUUUUCAUUUCUUAGUUUUUCAGUUGAACUUUGAUUUGAUUGAUCAAGAUAUUUCGAAAAUUUCAAAAAAUAGUCUCUUAGAAUCGAUUUGGAACAUUCCUUAGAACUGAUUUCUUCGUGAAUUAACCUGAAUGCUUCUAAAAAUCGAAAUUAAUGGGCUUUUUUUUUUCAGGAGAAGGACACGGCGAGCACGAAACGCAAACGCCGUUCCUUCGCGCGCUUCGGAAUCAGACCGAAGAAGUCGCGAGGAAAGAAGGAAGAAAUGGCCGCCCUGCGGAACAUCUCGAUGCUCCUCGGCGGAGCUCAGUACUACCGGAAGAAGGUCAACGAGCAGGCCUACUGCGAGAAAUGCGGCAAGCUGACCAACUCGCGGAUGUCCGAACACGCCUACUCGCACAUGGACGAGCCCCUCUUCCUGUGCCCCUGCUGCGAUGCUGUCAGUACUGCUUUCUGUUUCAGAUAUAGCGUGAAUAAUGAAGAUAUCGGUUCUCAUUAAGAAGGCCCUACUCUAGCAAUAAGUAGAAUAUAAGAAUUUUAAACUGACUUUCUUGAAAAUGUUUCGAAAAAAUCAAAAAAAUUAAUCGUGUCAAGACCUUUUUACCAAUGGCUCAGGCCAGCCGUGAAACAGCUAUAGACAGGGUGAAAAUUAUCAGUUUCGAAGAACGUCAAGAAGUUUCAAAUUUGUAAUUUCAGUACAAGGGUCACCAUUGCCGCGACACGGUGAUGAAGCACAUGCGCGAGUCGCACCCCAACCAGGGCGACCGCUGCAUCGACAACCGUCUGAAGCACGCCGCCGGCAUCAAGCAAAUGAUCCAGGAGUGCUAUCCGGCCUACUUCAUCGACAUGCCCCUGCCCAGUGAAUCCGACGUCAAGAAGAUGUUCGUUUUUUUCAGAGUGAAAUUGAGAAAAUUGCCACGAUCUCUUUCAUUUUUCCAAUGCAUAUUUCGACCUGCAGUUUUGUGAAAAAUAACGGUUUUUUAUUACGUACUUCAAGAUAACUUUUUGCAAAGAUUUUUUUGAUCCAAAAAAAUUAUGAAAAUAACAAAUCGAGAAUUUUCGUGAGUGAUAGUGAGUGUUAGUCACGAUUUGAAAAAAAAACCAUUUUUUAGGGAUUUUUUCAACUGAACUACUACUCUGAAAACUUAUUUUAUUGAUUUCUGAGAAAGUUAUUCCUACAUAGACAGAACUCAAUUAACCCAGGAGGAGGAUUUGUUUUACAAAAGUAAUUGGAAAAUUAUUUUUUGAUUUAAGAAGAUAGUACUGACUUCAGUUCAGGAAGACUAGGAGGGGGGGUUCAAAAAGAGCUCGAAAUUUCUUCCUUGAAACCUUAUAUUUAUCAACUUCGAUUUCAGUGUCGACCUUUGCGGCGGAGAAGCGACGAGCUCGAUUGCCGGCAUCGACGAGUACCUGAGAGCCUUGCGGAAGAACAAAGAGCGGACGAGCGCCGGGAGCGGCUCUUCGAACGGCGCCGAGGAGGAAGACGAGCCGUUCGACGACGACGAGGCCGUCGCUGCCGCCAGUUCCGUCGAGGACGAAAUGACGCGUUGGCUCAAGGACGAGGUCCCUCUUUGUCUCUUUCGCGUCUUUUUCCCAAUCAAAUCUUCCGUUUGGAUAAUUGCGGCCGGCUAGCGGCAUUAGGGAUGCGACUUUCUUUUUGAAAAUAAAGCAGUGAAUAUUUAGACCUCAAAAAAAGCUGUUGGAUUCACGUUUUUUGAUAAAUCGAAUUAGACUCGCUCCAUUUUACAGUCGUUCUCAAAAAAUUCAGAAAUCCCUUUUUUUAAUAUUUAAAUCUCCAUCUUGAUAUUUUUUUACUUUUUCCUACUAAAAAUCGAUAAAAACAAGUGAAUUUCAUGUGCAAACUUUCAGGGAGAAGAAGACGCUGGCUUGGAAAUGGAAGCCGAUGUCGACGAUGGAUUCUGA